AGGGGCCUCCUUGCGCUUCCUGCCGCCGCCUGAGCUCUGAGGACGCAGCAGCAGCAGCAGCAGCAGCAGCAGCAGCAGCAGGAGGGGAAGAAGAAGCAGAAGCUGCGGCCGCCGCCGCCCCCGGCUCGCUUUCCUCCCCGCUCAGGACUUUCCCAGGACUGUGGUGGUUGGCAGCGGGAGCCUUUGGAAGCCGCCCGGGCUCCGCAAGGGUGGAGGAGGAAGAGGUGGCGGCGGAAGAGGGGUGGCGGGGGGGGAGAGCGAGAGAGCUCCGAAGUGCGGCCACAUCUGCCAAAACUUAACCCAGCGAUUGCAGCGGCGGCGGCGGCCGUGCUCGCUUUUCGCAGCCCAGCAGCGGCGGCGCCUGAGCUCUGCAGCUCCCCUCGAGGGGAAGCAGCAGCAGCAGGACGAGGAAGGAAGGAAGGGCUGAAGCGCAGACGUUUCCCGGACAUUUCUCUCCCUCCACCCCCACCCCGGUCCUCCUCCUCCUGGCUGGGGCGCUUGUAAUUUCCUGAGGCUGGCGCUUCGCCUGCAGCCCGUUGGCGUCUUUUUCUUGGUGCUGUUUUAAAACCCCAUAGACCCGUCUCUCUCCGGCAAGGAAACCUUUCCCGUCUCCCAAGAGCUCCCCAAACGCCACAGCCACGUUAUCCACGGCCUCUUGCACCAUAGAGGGGAAACAGACCAUGGUGAACCCGGGCAGCAGCUCGCAGCCUCCCCCGGUCACCAGUGGCUCCCUCUCAUGGAAAAGAUGUGCAGGCUGUGGGGGGAAGAUUGCUGAUCGCUUCUUGCUCUAUGCCAUGGAUAGCUAUUGGCACAGCCGGUGUCUGAAGUGCUCCUGCUGCCAGGCCCAGCUGGGAGAAAUUGGCACAUCCUGCUACACUAAGAGCGGCAUGAUCCUGUGCAGAAACGACUACAUCAGGUUAUUUGGGAAUAGCGGCGCUUGCAGUGCUUGUGGGCAGUCAAUUCCUGCCAGUGAGCUGGUUAUGAGGGCACAAGGGAAUGUCUAUCAUCUUAAGUGUUUUACGUGCUCUACCUGCCGGAACCGCCUGGUCCCCGGAGACAGGUUUCACUACAUCAAUGGCAGUUUAUUCUGUGAACAUGAUAGACCUACAGCUCUCAUCAAUGGCCAUUUGAAUUCACUUCAGAGCAAUCCACUACUGCCAGACCAGAAGGUCUGCUAAAAAGGUCAGAGUACUGCAGAAUGCGUGCCUUCAUCUCAGACUUUGUUCAUCACAGAUGGAUCCCAUGUCUCCAGUAGACAACUCACCUUUGUAGCUAGCAUCAAUGCCAGCUCCAUGCCAUUGCACCUUCUUUACUCUUGGUUGCCCUUCCCACAUUUAUUGGUGUAUUAAAAUGACUGCAAACGAACAUUAAGGACUCCAUGAAUCUGGGCUAAUGGGAGACUGUAGAGAAAAUGAAAAUUAAAAAAAAUCCACCAGAAGAGAACAACUUUGGGUUGGGAGGGGUGGGGGAAAUGACUAAUGAAGCUAAUUAAAAUAAGCUUUCAAGUCUGCUUUCUACCCUCAUUAACAAUUAGCAGGGCACUGGCCAGACUUUGUACCCUGUGUUUUACCUUAACAACAUUCUCUUUGCUCUUUGUAUAUUUAAGUGUUGUAAGGAAAUGUGUUUCAAAACUCCAACAUGAGCUAAAGGAAAGAUGGGGCUCUUGUGAUAUUCUAUCACAAAUACUUUUAUUGUAUCUCUGUAAAAUACAAUGUAUGUAUGCAUGUAAGUGUGUUUUGUCCUAAUGUUGCUACUUCCCAUGACACAAAAGAAAAAAGAAAAAAAAUCAAGCUCAUAGCAGCUGCUGUGUAGAAAUUUUCACCUACUCCUAAUUUGCUGAAUGAAGAAGAAAAAAAAACUUUUAUUUGUGAUACUUUCAGAGACAUUUGCUCUAGUAUGGUGUAUUUAAAUAAUAAAAACUUAAAAUGAAAA